AUGGACCUCAUGGGUGCAGCUUCUCCAAGUAGCACUUCUCUUCCUGUCAUGCCGCAUAGUGCAGCCUUGUUAGAUCAAGCAUUGGCGGGACCUGCGCACGUUCAACCAGAUGUAGAUUUUCUAUCUGAUGAUCUUUGGACCUUUGAUAGAUCAAACACAGAGUCUUUUCUCGAUGAGACUCAGCUUACGGGCCUCCCUAUGGAAGUACUGCUCCCUGCACAUCCUGAUGCUACCUCAUCCCACAACACCGCAGAGAUGUCAUUUCCUUCUUUUUCAUUGUCUUAUAGUCCACCCUGUCAACCUUCCAGGCCAUCUCAUCGAAUCACGAAGCUUGAUGAUUCCCCCAUCUCCAACUCAUCUGACAUCUUUGGGCCAAGCUAUGUUUUUCCAGACUCUCAUCCUCCUGUACUCCAAGUUGAACCUGGUUGUAACACGGUAUUGUCUGGUUCAGCUGCAAACCCUCACCUUUCUUUUGAUGAGCAUCCCACACCCACACCCGCACCGACCAUAGAUGAGCGCACAUCUUGCGCCAAUAUCGUUGUCUUCUUAGAUAGAUGA